CGACAAAAGAGAGAUUGUGCACAACAAGGCUGGUACUGUUGCUUUCAUUACGACAUUAGAAAGAUUAUUUUAAAAUUACAUUUCAAGAUUAAGUUAGUAAUUAGUAAUUGUCAUAAUUAUUUUGCAUUUUUAUCAAGACAAUAUUUUUUUAAGAAAAAAAAAGGUUUUAUUAAUCUUUGGAAUUUACCAAGAGAAAUUAUCUUAAUUAUCCCUGUACAUAUUUUAAUUAACUAUGUACAUAUGUUAAUUAACUCUGUACACAGCUUAAUUAAGUCUGAACAUAUCUUAAUUAACUGUACAGAAGUUAAUUAGCUCUGUACACAUCUUAAUUAACUCUGUACUUACUGAAUUGACGUUUAAAAUUAAAAUUAAAUUAAUUUCGCGCCAGUUAUGUCCCUUGUUAAUGAAGUACAUGCCUUAGCUGUCAUUUUUAGUCUGGUAAAAAAAAUGCAAAUCUUAGCUACUCUGUUUUAUCUUGUAAAACAAGUGCAUGUCUCACCUAAAAUAUUUUGUCUUUGUACACAAAUGCUUGUCUUAUGUAUUGUCUUUUUAAACAAGCGCAUGUCUUAUGUCUCGUCUUGUUUAACAAGUGCAUGUCUUAUGUCUCGUCUUGUUUAACAAGUGCAUGUCUUAUGUCUCGUCUUGUUUAACAAGGGCGUGUCUUAUGCCUUUUCUUGUCAAACAAGUGCAUGACUUAUGUCUUGUCUUGUUAAACAAGUGCGUGUCUUAUGUCUUGUCUUGUUAAACAAGUGCGUGUCUUAUGUCUUGUCUUGUUAAACAAGUGCGUGUCUUAUGUCUUGUCUUGUUAAACAAGUGCGUGUCUUAUGUCUUGUCUUGUUAAACAAGUGCAUGUAUUAUGUCUUGUCUUGUUAAACAAGUGCGUGUCUUAUGUCUUGUCUUGUUAAACAAGUGCGUGUCUUAUGUCUUGUCUUGUUAAACAAGUGCGUGUCUUAUGUCGUGUCUUGUUAAACAAGUACGUGUCUUAUGUCGUGUCUUGUUUAACAAGUGCAUGUCCUAGCUACAAUGUUUUAUUGCGCUAAGCUGAACGUGCAGCUAUUUUAGAUAACCAAAUUAAAUCACGUUUAUUCCUAUGUCCACAUUCAUUAUGCUCUGGCUGCUCAGAUUUUAUUUAGCUCAAAACACUCAAUUACAUUGUUUAAAGUAAAGAUGUUCAUAUUUAGUUGAAUUCAGUCUAAGAUCGAUUCAAAUUUUCAAAUGCAUCUGGAAAAAUUUCAACAGUCUUUCUUAAAUUUCAGAGUUUGAUAUUAACUUUUAAAUGGUAUCAAAUACUAUUACUGUGAAACACCAGUGCAUUGUGGUAAACCAGUGGUCGGAAAAUCGCGGCUAUUUAGCGCCCUGACUGCGGCUUGGCCAGUCGCAGACAAAUCGGUUUUGACUCCGAAAAACAUAGUUCUUGACAGGUUUUUUGAAAAGAAAUUUGGCUCUCAAAAUUUUUUUUAAUCGUCCUGCUGCUGAUUUUUGGCUCUUUUGACUGAUGAGUUUGCCGACCACUGACCUAACCUUCAAGUUUAAGAACAAGACCAUCCCUGAAAUUUAACAGCUAAUCACUGAAAUUUAAGAACUAGGCAGUUCCUGAAAUCCAAGAACUAGGCAAUCCAUGGAGUUUAAGAACAAGACAAUGCGUGAAAUUUAAUAGCAUUUUUGGCCAUCUAAAGAGAGUUGGUUUUUUGUUGGUUUUUUCUUGGAAAAGGGCGGCAAAUAUCUUGGCCUACCCUAGGUGGCCCUAACUAACCCUAGCUAAUUCCACUGAAACAAGACGUACAUUGUAGAUAGCACCUAUCAACAUACGGCUCGGAUUUUAAUUGUUGUUUUUUUUUAAUCACCAACAAAUUUCACUUUCUCCAAAAAAAAAUUUGGAGACACAAGCCUGUUUGACGUUGGAGGGCGUAGCCUAUUUAGUUUCAAUACUCUGUAGUCGAAAUAGUACCUUCUCCUGACGCCAAUAGUACCUUCUCCUGACCCCAAUAGUACCUUCUCCUGACCCCAAUAGUACCUUCUCCUGACGCCAAUAGUACCUUCUCCUGACCCCAAUAGUACCUUCUCCUGACCCCAAUAGUACCUUCUCCUGACCCCGAGACCUAAUUAAAGCUCUUAUAUCAGAGACAUCGUUAGAAUCAUUGUAUCCCUGUAGUUCAAUAAUUAGCGUACAUGUCAUACAAUCAUAUUUAUAUUUCAAACAAUAAGCUGUACAUGUCAUACACUCAUAUAUAUAUUUCAUGCAAUCACAUGUAUAUUUCAUUUAACCAUAUGUAUCUUUCCAACAAUCAUGUUUAUCAUAUGCAUAUUAUUAUUAUUAUUAUUUUUAUUAUUAUUAAGGUGGCUUUAAUUAGCGCAGUACCCCAGUCUAUAAUCAUGGGUAUAUUUCAUAUAAUCUUGUGCAUUGUACAUACAGUCAUUUGUAUAGUACAUACAAUCAUGUUUAUAUUUGCAUACAAUCAUGUGCAUAUUUCAUACAAUCAUGUGCAUAUUUCAUACAAUCAUAUGCAUAUUUCAUACAAUCAUGUGCAUGUUUCAUACAAUCAUGUGCAUAUUUCAUACAACCAUGUGUAUAUUUCAUACAAUCAUAGACCUACUCAUGUCAUGUAUAAAUGCCGCAAAUGUCUCAUUUAUGGUUUAAGAAUGUCUCAUUUAUGGUGUAAGAAUGUCUCAUUUAAUGGUGUAAGAAUGUCUCAUUUAUGGUGUAAGAAUGUCUCAUUUAAUGGUGUAAGAAUGUCUCAUUUAUGGUGUAAGAAUGUCUCAUUUAAUGGUGUAAGAAUGUCUCAUUUAUGGUGUUAGAAUGUCUCAUUUAAUGGUGUAGGAAUGUCUCAUUUAUGGUGUAAGAAUGUCUCAUUUAUGGUGUAAGAAUGUCUCAUUUAAUGGUGUAAGAAUGUCUCAUUUAUGGUGUAAGAAUGUCUCAUUUAAUGGUGUAAGAAUGUCUCAUUUAUGGUGUAAGAAUGUCUCAUUUAAUGUUGUAAGAAUGUCUCAUUUAUGGUGUAAGAAUGUCUCAUUUAUGGUGUAAGAUCCCUGUCCGUGAUGUUUUGGCGGGAACGCCAUGUUUCAAGGCGUGAUUUCUUGACACUAAGGCUCACCUUUAAUUCCAGCCAUCGGCUGAACGCUUUUAGAAACUUAAUAUCACAGAAAGCAUUGCCGAUAAUUGGUCAUGGCGUGUGAACAUAUCCUGUUGCCAACAUGUGCGGCUACCUGAUUUUUGUGAAAGAGGUGGUCGUCGGAUGUUGUCUAUUUAUAGUAAAACGCCCAUGAAUAAUUCACGAUAUCAGACCAAAACAUGUGUACGGUGUCACGUGAAACUUUAACCAGAAUGUCUUUUAGUUGGGUGUUCACGGUGUAUAACGGUAGCCGAACUGUAGCCACGCGCCGAAUGGUUGAGUAGAGCAGGGGUCGGAACAUCACGGCCUGCGGGCUAGAUCCAGACCGCGGGCUCCUCCAUGUCCGGCCGACUAGGAGCCCACUAUAUUAAAUUAAUAAUAUCGUGUUGUUGUUUUUUUUUUUUUUUUUUUUUUUACUAAUUCAGUAUCAACAUAAUUCAAUACACUAUCUGUGGGAAAGCAGUAUUCAUGCCCUUAUCUACCUAAAAGAGUCAUUAAGAUUCAGCUUCUUGUGGGAAUUUUUCAAUGGAAAAUUCUUAUCUGUUAGUAUAAAUAUAAGAAUUCUGGAAUUUUCGACCCAAAUAAAUUUGAUAAAUGUGGGCUUCGAAAUGUAAGCCAAUCAAUAAGAUUUAAUGGGGGUGGCUUCAUUCAAUUCUCAUGUCGUGAAAUAUUCGCACAAGAGCUUGUGCAAGGAGCGCAUUCUGACUUCACACAGCAGUUUGUGCAAGGAGCGCAUUCUGACUUGAGACAGCAGUUUGUGCAAGGAGCGCAUUCUAACUUGAGACAGCAGUUUGUGCAAGGAGCGCAUUCUGACUUAAGACAGCAGUUUGUGCAAGGAGCGCAUUCUAACUUGAGACAGCUCCACGGAUCUCUAUGCCAGUGGCAAAAAAAAUCUUCCACAACAUGCUUUACUGAGUUGUUGGUGAGCUGCUGCCAGCUGAACUUCAAAAUGAAGGGAUCGAUCUGACAUCCAAACAGAUGUUGAAAGACAGAUACAAAGAACGGAUACUGAUAGACUUAUGUAAGUGGCUCCCUUUUCUUAUUUAAAUAACUGUUCUGGAAUUAAUUUCGGCCAUGACACUAUCUACUUGUGCGCGGAGAAAUUCUCACCAAUGAAAUAUGUUAUAUAUGGGUACAGUUAAGCCUUUACAUGAUGAGAACCUCACAAAGUUUCAUGUCAGUACUGUGCCCCCAAACAAUGGAAUUAUCUCCCAUUACCCAUCGGCAAUAUACCGACCACCCAAGCCUUCAAAACUACACUCAAGACACAUCUCUUCAAACUCUACUAUUCCGACUCAUUCUCACCCCCCACCCCCUCUGACCGCUAAACAAAGUUCGAUGCUGCUGGGUGCCGUCCACGUCUAGACAGGGCUAAAUAGUACAUGUGUGGGUGAGGUCAAUUUUUUUUUUUUUUACAAGCUGUUUUCAAAUGAAUAAUUUUAUGUAAGUGUUUUUUUAAUGUCAUGUUGUUGUGUUGUUUUUUUUUUUGUUUUUUUUUUUUUUUUUUUUUUUUUUUUUUUUUUUUUUUCUAGUUUUUUUUUUAUUUUUUUUUUUUUUUUUUUGUUUUUUUUUUUUUUUUUUUUUUUUUUUUUUUUUUUUUUGUUUUGUUUUUUUUUUGUUUUUUUUUUUGCUUAUUUUUAUGUGACGCGCGGUGAGCCUAGCCCUAGGCUGUGGUACCCGGCUAUGUAAGACCACUUUAAAAAUAAUAAUAAUAUUGAUCCUGAACUAAAUGUCAUUGUGUCUGAACAGCGCCAGUUUUAUACUACUCACUGGUGUGAAAAAAGAAGAUUAGCUUUGCAAUUAUUUUUUUUCAAUCUAAUAAUGCUUUAUGUGGAUUCUAAGCUAAAUUGACGUAAUAUCUACAUUAUCAUAAAAAUACAUUUUUUUUCCCUGCUUCAUGUUACAUUUCGACCCAAAUAAUACAUAUCUAUCAUUUUUUAAAUAUGCGUUUAACUGAUUAAUUAUUUGAGAGAUACUCUGAUCAUAAAUGUUGGCCCACCUUGAAUGUGCCUCGAACAAUCUGCCCCCACCCCAAGGGGCCCAACGGGACCUUCUAGCCUUGCGUAUGGAUAAUGGUGUAACUAAUAAGUACGUAUGGAUUAUGGUUGUAACUAACACACAACACUUACUAUGGGAUAAUGGUUGUAACUAACACGUGCGUAUGGAUAAUGGUGUAACUAACAAGUGCGUAUGGAUAAUGGUUGUAACUAACACACAACACUUACUAUGGGAUAAUGGUUGUAACUAACAUGUGCGUAUGGAUAAUGGUUGUAACUAACACGUGCGUAUGGAUAAUGGUUGUAACUAACAUGUGCGUAUGGAUAAUGGUUGUAACUAACACGUGCGUAUGGAUAAUGGUUGUAACUAACAUGUGCGUAUGGAUAAUGGUUGUAACUAACACGUGCGUAUGGAUAAUGGUUGUAACUAACAUGUGCGUAUGGAUAAUGGUUGUAACUAACAUGUGCGUAUGGAUAAUGGUUGUAACUAACACGUGCGUAUGGAUAAUGGUGUAACUAACAAUGGCCAUUGCAAAGCAGAAAUUCUCCUAAAACAGUUUCAAUCCGUCUUCACCAAGGUCUCCACCACAGUCAUACCAUCCCUAAAACCUCCACCUGGUACAAUAGGUCCCCCCCCUCAACAUAACUGAAACCGGAGUAGCAACACUUCUCAAAAACCUGAAGCCCAAUAAAGCGCCCAGACCUGACAGUAUCCCGAACAUUGUCCAGAAGACCCUGGCUGACAACGUUGUCCCAACCAUGCCCCAUAUUUUCCAAAAGUCGCUUGACUCCGGCAAACUCCCUCUAGACUGGCUUGAUGCAAAUAUCAGUAGUGCCUACAAGAAAGGUGACCGUCAUAACCCAGAAAACUACCGCCCAAUAUCCCUGACCUCCAUUCCAUGCAAAAUCCUGGAACACAUCAUCUAUCGCCACAUCAUGAGCCACCGUGAACACUACAACAUUUUGACCAACCUAAAUCACGGUUUCCGCUCCGAAUUGUCAACGGAAACUCAAUUACUCAUCACCACCAAUGACCUCCUAGCCUCCUAUGACAAAGGCACCCAGGUCGACAUGGCAAUUCUCGACUUCUCCAAGGCUUUCGACACUGUUCCAAACAGCCUUCUUCUACAUAAGCUCCACCACUACGGCAUUACCGGCAACCUUCAACAAUGCAAAUCAUGGAAAGCCACCGUAGACUCAAGAGAUCCACAAGGCACAGUGCUGGGCUCCCUUCUCUUUCUCUGUCACAUAAACGACCUACCCGAUACAGUAAAUUCUCAAGUGCGGCUGUUCGCCUACGACUGUCUUAUCUACAGAGAGAUAAACAGCAACGAUGACCACAACCACCUCCAAACAGAUUUGAAGUGCAUUUUGAAUUGGGUGGACAAAUGGGGCAUGAAAUUUAAUGAAACCAAAUGCUACACUAGGACAAUCUCAAGAAAGAAAAAAAAUCAACUCAUAUUUACUCACUAAACGAGACAAUCCUCCAACAAGUAUCCAAUAUUCCAUACCUUGGAAUUCUCUUCUCAAAUAACCUAAAAUGGUCACCCCCAUAUAAACAAAUUUUUUUUUAAAAAGCCAACUCCACCCUAGAUUUCAUCCGAAGAAAUCUACGCCAUUGCCCAACUUCCUGCAAACGGAAUGCCUAUCUCGCACUCUACUACUGGAAUAUGGUGCGAUCAUCUGGGUCCCACACCUUAAGCAAGACGUGGAAAAGAUGGAGCGAAUUCAACGUAACGCUGUGCGUUUUAUCGCUAGCGACUACAAAUCCACCACUCCUGGCUUCGUCACUGGCCUCUUAAAAAGAUUUGAUAUCCCUCCCCUUAAAGACAGACGAGAGGGAGUCCGCCUGAUAUUCUUAUAUUAUAAAGUGAUCAUGGGACUGGUGCAGGCCAUCCCAGCAAGCACGUAUUUCACCCCACAGAAGCCGGGUAGACUGAUUAGAGCAAAACGCUCACUGAACACGGACUUCACCACUGACAUUCCCAUAAAUAAUUACACCAAAAACAAUAGCAAAUGCUUCAAAGUGUCUCAGUGCAACACAGGGCAGUAUCAACAAUCUUUCUUCCCACGCACAAUAAUAGCAUGGAACAACCUGAACGAUGCCACUGUGAACUCGACAUCAGUCGAAAGCUUCAAGGCUGCCCUGGCAUAAGAAAGGAGAUGUUAGAAUAGCAACAUCAUACCCCCAACCGUUGCAAAGAUGCCAGUACAUGGAUGCAGCAACGAAACAUUACCAGAACCAGAAACAGAACUUGCGUAUGGAUAAUGGUUGUAACUAACAUGUGCGUAUGGAUAAUGGUGUAACUAACACUUGCUGGGGAUAUUGGUGUAAUUAAUACGUUUGUACUGAUAAUGGUGUAACUAACACUUGCGUGUGGACGAGUCCGCAUAAUUUGGAAGGCCUCAGACAGUGGGACAUUGAAACAGUUACCUGUACAUAGAUCAACACUACACGUUUUUAAAAUAUUUCGCACAAUGCAUUUAGGAAAUUAUUUGUUACUCCGGACAAUAGAUCUGCAACCGGUUUGCCGCGGCCCACUAGGCCCACUAGUGAGCCGCUGCGAGAUGCUUCCAGGUGUGGUGCGGCCCAAUAGUGUGCUGCUGUGAGAUGCUGCCAGGUUUUCCGCGGCCCACUAGUGUGCUGCUGCGAGAUGCUGCCAGGUGUGGCGCGGCCCACUAGUGUGCUUCUGUGAGAUGCUGCCAGGUUUUUGCCGCGGCCCACUAGUGCGCUGCUGUGAGAUGCUGCCAGGUGUGGCGCGGCCCACUAGUGUGCUGCUGCGAGAUGCUGCCAGGUGUGGCGUGGCGUCAGGGCGCCAAGCGGAGGAAAACCCUGGAGCUUAGUGUGAGCUCUUAAGUUUAAUAAAAUCGAGUCGAUAAAAUAGAACAGUGAUUAGCUUAUUAAUCAAGCUGUUAAAAUUGUUCAGUAAAAUAAUUCAUCAUAUGCGCACAAUUAUAGGUAUAAAUUCGUUAUGGAUAGUAAUACAUAUAAAUUGAGAAGGAAAUGAGUUUACAGAAGUUUAAAAAUAUAUUAUGUGUAAGUGUUGCCGCGAGCAAAAUCAAGUUGAGAGCGCUGGUUUUCGCGGCCGUAAGACGUGAGGCGACCGUGUAUUAUUGCAGUAUAAAUUCAGGCGUAUUUCAUUGCAAUGUAUUAAUGGUAUUUGCAGUAUAAAUUCAACCGUAUGAUAUUGCAAUAUAAAGAUGAUUUAUGAUUUUUUUAAACUUUUUUUUUUUUUUUUUUUUUUUUNACCUUACAAAACAAUUUAACCCUUUGCUAAAACCAUUUUUUUUUUCUGGUUUGCUAUUGCUGCUGUAAACUCCUCAGCUUUUAUUGUUUGUUUUUUUUUUCCUUUCAUUCACAGACAUCACCUUAUUGAUUUUUUUUUCUUCUGAAAAUGUGUCCAAAAGUCGUCGCAGCGUUUGUGACAUUUUUGGCAGUCACCGGCCUUCAAGCGCACCCAUUUCAACCUGCAGCGUCUAAAGACGGCAACGGCGUCCCCACGCCGACCACCUCAUUCCCAGACACCGACUUCGAGGAACUGCCGGUCGAAUCCGAGGUGGACUACCCGUCCCAGUGGGGUGGGCCCCCGGGAAACCCCGACGAGCCUGGCGGCAGUCCCGUAGGACUUCACUUCAAUUUCAACAACAACAACGACAACAACAACGACGGAGAAGUCGAUGUCGUUGACUACGGCUUGGAGGUUCCGGUUUUCGGCGACUACCCGGCACCACUUCCGGGACAGAUUGGUAAUGGACAGUCCAACGGCGCAGAGGUCAGCGGCUUCUGCCAUCCUGACUACUGUGUGAUACUGAACCCAUGCGGACCCUCAAAGACGUGUGUCAUCACACAGGGGUGUAACCGCACCACUUGUGUGGAUGGGAACGUUACGAGCCCCGGGACAUCAGGUGAGACACUUCGUUGCUUCUGUUUGCUUAAAUGUUUGCUUAAAUACAUUUAACAAAUGUAUGUUAAAUACAUUUAUGAAUAUAUAUAUAUAUAUAUAUAUAUAUAUAUAUAUAUAUAGAGAGAGAGAGAGAGAGAGAGAGAGAGAUAGAUAUAUAUAUAUAUAUAUGAGGGUGCUGUGUGAGGAGUCCCGAAAGGCGGAUAACAUUGAUACAAUGAAACAUUCCGACAACUCCUGCGACGUCACUGGUGCCAAGCUGUAUCAUCCAAUGAUGUUCCCUUGGGUUACCCAGCGGCGUGGAGAGAGGCGACUUGCUCUUGGGAACCAGCUUAUAAUCCUUCAAGUAUAAUAAUCCCAGGCUAUGUGGAUUUCGUCAUACGAAGCCCACUCCAUCGUCACAUCGUGACGGACGGAUGCCAGCAAAAAAAAUAUAUAUAUAUAUAUGUGAUUAUGUGUGUGAGAGUGUUUGUGUCUGUGUGUGUGAGAGAGUGAGUGUGUGAGUGAGUGUGUGAGUGUUUGUGUGCGAGUGCGAGUGAGUGUGGAUGUGUGCGAGUGUGUGUGUGUUUGUGUGUGUGUUUGAGUGUAUAAACUAAGAAGGGUUUAAAAAGUAUUUACUGAGUGCUUUGAAAUGUAUUCCCUUUUUUUUCCGUUGAGGUGUUGGGGGGGGGGGCUUUCGUUUCAAGUUUUUAAUCUUCUUUCUGAUGAAGAUUUCAGUGACUCGAUCAUUCCAAUUCAUACCCUUCAGGUCUUAAAAAAUCCUUUUUAUCUUGUGGAGAUUGGUGGUGUGUAUGCUAUAGUACGUCCCCACAAUCAAUGACCGUGUGACUAAGCAUUUAUAAAACGAUCUAUAAAUGUCUAUCUAGGUAUUUAUAUACAAUCUAUGACUGUCUGUCUAGGUAUUUAUACACAAUCAUUGACUGUCUGUCUAGGUAUUGAUACACAAUCUAUAAAUGUUUGUCUAGGUAUUGAUACACAAUCUAUAAAUGUUUGUCUAGGUAUUUAUAGUCACCAUUAAAUCCUAGAGUACUAACCACGAAUCACUGCAUUUAUCAAGCAAUCCAUUUUUACAUUUCUCAACAAAAGAAAGAAAAAAAUAAUAAUAAAAAUGAAAAUAAAAUUGUCUUUCCCACUGCGCUGAAGACUAGGGCCUACAAAAAAAAUACAAUAAAACAACUCCCUGGCAUGUUGUGGAGAAAUGAUAUAGUAAGAUGGCCACCUAAGUUUCUGCUUUUUUUUUUUUUUGAUAUGCGCACACCAUGCACGAGUGGGUAUCACACUACCUUGAGAUAUCACGUGACCUAGAAAUCCUAUCUGAGACUGAGAGCGAAGUCGGACUUGCCAAAGAAAUGCGAAAAAGGGUAGAAAUAUGUUAUGAAACUAAUCGACCUAUAUUUUAUUCUGAAAAUUUAGGGGUCGGUGCAUUAUUUUAUUUCUUUACCCUUCACUAGGCACGGGGGAAUCCCAAAAUAUAAGUAAUGUAUCCUCGUUCUCUGCGAGACAGAAUCAUGUACGACUUCCUAGUCAAUUGUUUUCAUUAAAUUCCACAUCACUGGACUCACCUGAACAGCUGAUGGUGUAGCCGUUUACGCGAUAAGCAAUUCAAUGAAAACUGAUCACAACCUUCAAACGCCGGCGGUAUCCAAUAGUUUUACUGAUAAACGAAGAUAGUCCGUCCGUCGAAAGUAGAUCAUGACCAUUUUAAGCACCGGCUCGUUGGCAGGUCUGACUCUGUCUGUGGGUGCGCAGAUGGCUGACCAGGCACGCAAUGCUCCUUUGCAGAAGGUGCAGGGGAUGGAUGGGACAACUCCGGGUACAAAGUUAGCUCUGUUGUUUUUUGUAUUGCUUGCCCUCUUGUGUUCUGCAGCAAACUGUAGCCUGUUGCCUCAUGAGUCGAUUAAUGGAUUCGUCAUUUAGGAUGCUCUCAAAGUGCUGUUCUCAGAGUUCGAUAUUUUGGCUCUUUCUCAGUAAUAAAAUUAUUCUCAUCAGCACUCCAAAGUUGGGAUCACCCUUAGGCCGUGGACUUCCUUAAGUAUCGUGUCAGCACUGUCAGUCAACCAUUUAUCUUGUAUUGGACGUAGUUUUUGCUGCACAUAUCUUCUUAUGUUUUUGUAUGCGUCUGUCCGUUGAAUUGAAUUCGGGUUCUUGCGAUAGGAGUUGUGAAGACGGUGCUUUUUCCUCCAGCAUCUGCUUAGUUACCAUUCAGUUUUCAUCGAACCAGUCCUGGUGUUGUUAAUUUAUUUAUUUUUUUUAUUUAUUUUUUUUUGUUGUUGUUGUUUUUGUUUUUGGAGCUUGGUCCCAGAAACUCCACAGCGGUGCUUUAUAACAUCAUUACUUUGAGUGUUGCCCAAUACAUUUCGACUUUGUGAUUAUCUAGAGUUGUGGAUUUCAGACGUUCUUCCCGAGCAUCCUCGGCAGUUUUUUAUAUUUUUUUUAUAAUUUUGUAUAAUAAUAAAUUUAAAGCGUUCGUGAAUUAAUUUAAACCCCUCACCUCACACACCCACACUCAUACACACACACACACACACAUCUCAAAGUAAAAGUUGGUAAGCCUUCAUUCUUGUAGGAACUACAUGUUAUACCUUAAAUUUCUCAUGGGAACGAUGAGAUACCCAUUUCUUUCUUGAGAGAACUACGGGGUUCACUUCCUUUCUAGUGAGAACUGCUGGGGAACACCUUCUUAUGAGAACUACUGGAUACCAUUUCUUUCAAGUGAGAACUACUGGGAACGCCUUAUUACUUAUGAGAGCUGCAUGGUACAGCUACUCUAUUGUGAGAAACACUGAAUGCAACUUUUUUAUUGUGAAAAUAAAAUGAGUAAAACAUUUUAUUGUGAGAACGAUUCAAAUUACAAAUAGAGAGCAACUCCUUCUUUAAAAUAAAUUCAUUUGUAACAUGAAGUACUGAAAAGACAUUAGUACAUGAGUUCAUAAUAGUGGUCUGCUUUCUUAAUGUGUGGGUUGCAAGUUAAUAGAAAUAGAAAGAUCUCACAUCAAACCCGGAAACGAGUUUCAAAAAUGUGAGAUGUAUCUAAAUGUGAGAGUUUAUAAAUUAUGUGACAGUUAUCUAAAUGUGAGAGUUAUCUAAAUGUGAGAGUUAUCUAAAUGUGAGGGUUAUCUAAAUGUGAGAUUUAUCUAAAUGUGAGAUUUAUCUAAAUGUUAGAGUUAUCUAAAUGUUAGAGUUAUCUAAAUGUUAGAGUUAUCUAAAUGUGAGAGUUAUCUAAGUUAUCUAAAUGUGAGAGUUAUCUAAAUGUGAGAGUUAUCUAAAUGUGAGAGUUAUCUAAAUGUGAGAGUUAUCUAAAUGUGAGAGUUAUCUAAAUGUGAGGGUUAUCUAAAUGUGAGAUUUAUCUAAAUGUGAGAUUUAUCUAAAUGUUAGAGUUAUCUAAAUGUGAGAGUUAUCUAAAUGUGAGAAUUAUCUAAAUGUGAGGGUUAUCUAAAUGUGAGGGUUAUCUAAAUGUGACGGUUAUCUAAAUGUGAGGGUUAUCUAAAUGUUAGAGUUAUCUAAAUGUGAGAGUUAUCUAAAUGUGAGAGUUAUCUAAAUGUGAGAGUUAUCUAAAUGUGAGAGUUAUCUAAAUGUUAGAGUUAUCUAAAUGUUAGAGUUAUCUAAAUGUUAGAGUUAUCGAAAUGUUAGAGUUAUCUAAAUGUUAGAGUUAUCUAAAUGUGAGAGUUAUCUAAAUGUGAGAGUUAUCUAAAUGUGAGAGUUAUCUAAAUGUGAGAGUUAUCUAAAUGUGAGAGUUAUCUAAAUGUGAGAGUUAUCUAAAUGUGAGAGUUAUCUAAAUGUGAGAGUUAUCUAAAUGAGAGAGUUAUCUAAAUGUUAGAGUUAUCUAAAUGUUAGAGUUAUCUAAAUGUUAGAGUUAUCUAAAUGUGAGAGUUAUCUAAAUGUGAGAGUUAUCUAAAUGUGAGAGUUAUCUAAAUGUGAGAGUUAUCUAAAUGUGAGAGUUAUCUAAAUGUGAGAGUUAUCUAAAUGUUAGAGUUAUCUAAAUGUUAGAGUUAUCUAAAUGUGAGAGUUAUCUAAAUGUGAGAGUUAUCUAAAUGUGAGAGUUAUCUAAAUGUGAGAGUUAUCUAAAUGUGAGAGUUAUCUAAAUGUGAGAAUUAUCUAAAUGUGACGGUUAUCUAAAUGUUAGAGUUAUCUAAAUGUGAGAGUUAUCUAAAUGUGAGAAUUAUCUAAAUGUGAGGGUUAUCUAAAUGUGAGGGUUAUCUAAAUGUGAGAGUUGUCUAAAUGUGAGAGUUAUCUAAAUGUGAGAGUUAUCUAAAUGUGAGAGUUAUCUAAAUGUGAGAGUUAUCUAAAUGUUAGAGUUAUCUAAGUGUUAGAGUUAUCUAAAUGUUAGAGUUAUCUUAAUGUGAGAGUUAUCUAAAUGUGAGAGUUAUCUAAAUGUUAGAGUUAUCUUAAUGUGAGAGUUAUCUAAAUGUGAGAGUUAUCUAAAUGUGAGAGUUAUCUAAAUGUUAGAGUUAUCUAAAUGUGAGAGUUAUCUAAAUGUGAGAGUUAUCUAAAUGUUAGAGUUAUCUAAAUGUGAGAGUUAUCUAAAUGUUAGAGUUAUCUAAAUGUGAGAGUUAUCUAAAUGUGAGAGUUAUCUAAAUGUGAGAGUUAUCUAAAUGUGAGAGUUAUCUAAAUGUGAGAGUUAUCUAAAUGUGAGAGUUAUCUAAAUGUGAGAGUUAUCUAAAUGAAUGGAGGUAUAAUUUACACCCCCCCCCCCUUUUUUUUAAAAAAUCUGCAUAUCUUUUUCUUUUCAGGUGAAUUUAUCAAUUAGCUUAUGAUAUCCCUUUUUUCUAUAAAUUUCGAUAUGUUGCAUCAAUGCGCUGUGGUUUAUGUGGUGUAUAAAUCUUUUCAUAAAUAAUUCAUGCACAUGGCAUUUACCUCUUUUCCCUCAUUGUUCACCCAGGCCCUACUGAAAAUAAGGUUUUUCACCACUGUGCAGAUCCACUAACGUGAGUAUUUUUAAAUUAUUUUUUUUAUUCUAAUUAUAUAAAUAUACCAGCUUUUAUUUUCAAUUUUAUCUCACACCACAUAUACCAAUGUUAUCUUCCUAUCCCUUAGAGAGAAAAAAUGAAAGAAUUUUCUGUUCAAUUGUUUCCCCUUAUUAAGGAUUGUACAUAUUUUUUAAAAACAUGUGAUUGAAUUACCCUUUUUUUCCCCUUUCCAUUUAAAGAUAUGGCAACCAAUUUUUUUUUGGACAUACUUCAUGUACUCUGUUAAAUAAAAAAAUUCAAUAACUUACUAAUUUUUAAAAAUAUUUUAAUAUGAAAUCAACCAUGGAAGAAAGCUUUAGUUAUGCACUGGUCCAAUCCGGCAACCAACUAUUCCAACUGUCUAAUCAUAAUCCGCAGUUGCGAUGAUCUGACUUACUGCCCAGAGUUAAUGACGUGCCGCUGUGAGGAAGGGUGGGCGGGAGCCAGCUGCAUGUCCCCGUGCAAUCUGUCGUGUGUCCACGGGGGAUGCCAGAUAGAUGAAGACGCUUUACUCGAAAAAAAUUUGAUGUAUUGCAACUGUGAAGCAGCCUGGACAGGUCCACUUUGUGAUGUUCCAAUGGUGGACCCUGUAGGUAGGUAGAACUGCAAACAUGCACUGUGAAUGUGUGAAUAGGUAGAGCUGCGAGCAUGCACUGUGAAUGUGUGAAUAGAUAGAGCCGCAAAUAUGCUCUGUGAAUGUGUGAAUAGACAGAACUGCAAACAUGCACUGUGAAUGUGUGAAUAGGUAGAGCUGCAAACAUGCACUGUGAAUGUGUGAAUAGGUAGAGCUGCAAACAUGCACUGUGAAUGUUUGUAACUUUGCUUUAAUGGAUCAUAGAUAUUUAUUCUAUUUUAGCAAAAAUAUCUGUUACAGCAAAACCAUGCUAUGAGACCUGAGACAAUUUCUAAAAUAUUAGAUAGGUGUAAUGCAUAUCUUAGAAUUAAAUCAAAAGUGUUUUUUUUAUUAGUGAAACUUCAUAAUUUGAUUUUAAUGAAAUGAUUUCUUAACAUCGCCACAACCUACACUUCUCCUCAGCAAGAGAAUCCAAAGCUCUGGCACAAGAAAAAAAGGCUAAAAUUCUGUCAGUAGCUCUGUCUGUUGCAGUUGUGAUAGUUGUCCUGUCCACCAUCAUCACACCAAUUGUGUUAUGGCAUAUGAGGGUUAUUUUUGUACUUAAGCUGGUCUAUUAUUUCAAAGAGUAUGAAGACGAUGGUGAGUUAAAUCUAAAAUACUUUUAAAUUGCUACUUACAGCUUAUUUUUCUUUGUCACUAUCACUAGCAAAAUACCUGUUUUUCCCUACUGGGAAGGUUGUGUCCUUGAAUUGACAGAUUAAAUAAAAUGUGCAUAUUUUUGUGCACAUUAUCCUUAUUGUAGUAAUUGGAUGUAGUGUGUCAUAAGUAGUGAGACGUCUGCAAUUAUGAAGGAUUUCUUUUCUUUCAUUUUAGGUUGGAUACAUACAUAUAUACAUGUUAUGUUUUUUGUUUUACCUAAGAAGGCAUUUGCUAAAACGCAUUUGUGUUCUGUAUAAAAAAAAUUAAAGCUAAACCUAUAUUGUUGAGUGUUUGAUUAUUUGAAGCCUGAACAUUGUAAAAAUUAUCAUAAUUAAAUAAUCAUUCCUAGGCCAAAGUGGGAAACCUGUUUCCAAAAUAGCCACAGGUAUGGCGAAUGAAAAAUAAAAUUUGCCACAUGAUAUAUAUAAUCAUGGAAUACUACUAUUAAAUCAAAUGAGAGUAAAUACUGCAGAGGGAGGCACCUUUGCUAGUCUCCAUUUCAAUGAGUAAUUAGUGAUAGAACAUAAAAAGGAAACAGCUGAUAACGAUUUGGAAAAUUUGUAAAAGUCAUAAAUAUAUAUAUAUAUAUAUAUAUAUAUAUAUAUAUAUAUAUAUAUAUAUAUCACAACACUUCUUUAUAUAUUUUAAAAUAUAUACUGAAAAAAACUUUUUUUUAUUAUAUAUAAGAAAAUAAAAAAAAAACAGAUGAUAAAUAUAUAUAAAAUAUAUAAAAAACAUAUAUAUAUAUAUAUAUAUAUAUAUAUAUAUAUAUAUAUAUAUAUAUAUGUAUAUAUCACAACACUUCCUUUUAUAUUUUAAAUUACAUGCUGAAAUAAACUUUUUUUUAACUUAUAUCCCUUAAAUGAAUUCAAGAUAUCAUAGCUUUAAACUGUUAUUCCUUAAUUAACAUUUUUUAGAAAUGUCCUUACUUUUAAAAUGUCAUCGACGACACAUUGAGAAUGUCUUGUAAGUAAUCUUGUCUCCAAUCCCGUAGAUGGCAAGUUGUAUGAUGCGUAUGUGUCCUUGGCCUCAACUUCUCAUGCGGAGAAGUUUGUGCAUGCAGAGCUCUUGCCAAAACUAGAAAGUCUCGGAUUCAAGCUGUACUUGCAGGCCAGGGAUUGUCCAGCUGGCGAAGGUAGAGAGUUUAACAUUGUAUCAUCCUCAGCAAUUACCGCUCUAAUUUGUUCCAGUUAUAAUUUUAAAGAACACACGGGAAUAGACUUGAGAAUUGGUUUUUAAUUUUUAUCCUUAUGCUCACAUUUUUUUUUAAAGUUAAUAUUUUUCAAUUUAAUAUACAAGAUCAAUUUUUUUUUUUAAAUAAGUGCGAUCAUUUUUUUGUGUGAGCAACUUUUGCAUUUUACCCACUAAGGGUGUGGCUAUAUAUAAGCUAUUCUUAUCUAAGAGAUCAUUAAUAAUUUCUUUUAAUAAGAUGCUUAAUCUCACAAAAUGAUGCUUUUGUUUUGUUUCAAUGCUUAAAUGGUAAAACAAAAAAUUUUAAUUUUUUUUAUAAGUCUGUAAUGGGUAAAAAGAAAAUGUUGAAGAUUGCUGGCAUUAGUCCAUGGAGAAACUUUACCUUUCACUGUAAUUUCCUUCAUUUUAUUUAUUUUAUUAAUAAAGAGGCUGUAAAUUUCAAUGAUUAAUUUUUUUUUAUGCUGGAUUUUUCAGUUCUCAGUGAAACUAUACUGACAGCUGUUGAGAAAAGUCGACGUACUAUAAUGGUGAUAACACCUGACUAUGUUGGCAAUGAGUGGAGUAGAUUUGAAUAUCUCAUCGCCCAGCAUGAAACUUUAAAGCUGAACCAGAGGAUAAUUCCCAUCAUUCUUGAGAAAAUUGACCAGGUACCCUAUUAUUAUUUUUUUCAAUGUAUGUCUUUUUUUGGAUUUGAUGGUGGAUUUUAUUACAUUUUUCUCUAAAGUAAGAAACAUAAAAAGAUCAUAACUUUGGUUCUUUUUCACAUUUAUUUGCAAAUACAUUUUUGUUGCACUAUGUUAAACAAAGAAUGUAUCUUUUUCUUUCAUUCAGUUCAAAUGUGCAUUUCAAAAUCUUUCUUUGAAAAUAAAUAAUCUUCUUUAUUAUUAUUAAUUUUUUUAACUUUUUUUUUUUUUGUUUAUGGACAAUCUCGUAAUUUUUUUGUUAAUCUUUUCUUCAACAGAAGGAUUUAACAGUAAACAAGUCACUAAAACACAUCUUACAAUCUGUAAAAUGCUUACAGUACCCACAGAUGAAAUCCAUAAAAGAUGCUAAGAGUGAAAAUAUAGCACAUCACUCAAGCUGUUUAAGCGGUGAGAAGCCCAGCAAUCUUAGCAGUAUUAGUAAUCCAAUCACCAGUGUAUCUAAGUCUAAGGAAACAUUGGUGACUGAUAAAAAAGAGGAGAAAUUCUGGAAACGCUUGGAACUGACCAUGCCAAAAAAGAAGAAGCAAAAGGUGUCUACAAAUUUUGAGAAAGAGAAUUUCAACAAAUCGCUAAUGUCAUUCACAAACCCUGAUAAAGGGAAGCCUAAAUUAACUUUUUUCAAUAUUGCUGUCAGUGCAAAUCACUCAUCUUAAAAGGAAUUUUGAAAAGGGGGGAUAAUUGAUCAUGUGACAGUACAAAGUACUCAUAAAAAAAACAAAAUUAUUUGUUAAUGCAGUUAUAUUGAACAAAAUGUAGGAAUAUCUUUGUUAUGUGUUCCUUAUGUUUAUCUGAAUUUUUUUGUAAACGAAUUAUUUUGUUUAAGAAUUUUGGAAUGGGCAAUUGAAAAGUGGAUGUUUGUAAGUGAUUCAUUUGUGUAUCCAGUCAAAUACAAAUCUGUAAAUAUUCAUGUAACUCAUUUUUUUUAUUCUUAUGAAAUUAAUUCCUGCAAGAGUAAGAGUGUUGGUGAUAUGUAGAGUUGCUGGAAAUAUUGUGGUGGGGGGAGGGGGGGGAUAAAUCUAUAAUUAAAAACCUUGAUAUUAUGGUUGCCUCAUGCUCAAUUUAAAAUGGAAGUUGAACUUGUUCACAAAAUGAUAUUUUAAAAUAACACCAAGUCCAAGUUUCUAAGUCAUCUUUACAAUAUAUUAUAUUCUUAUACUGUUAAAAACUCCUUUACAAGUUAAAAUAUGUACAGUUAUUUGUGGACUGUGGUGAUUAUUUUUAGUUUGCAGCACUGACAGAAAGCAAAGCUCCCAGUAGUGUCAAAACUAUGGUUAAUGUGGGCAUCUGGUGCCAUAUCUGUAGGUUUUGGGAGAUCCAGUGCAAUAAGUUUAGUAUUGAGCACCCAGUGCCAUAACUACAGGAUAUUGGGCAUUCAGUGCCAUUGCUAUUAUAAAGCAUAUCCAGUUUCAUGGCUUUAGUACAUUUGGAAUCAAGUAAAAUAACUAUAAUUUACUGAGUAUAUUUAUUUGAUCAAUUUUUUUUUUUUUUUUUACAGUGUUAAUGUAUACACCACUGACCAAAACUUUUAUGUAUGAAAGAAAAUGAUCUUCUGCAGGUUUGAAGAUGCUUUUAUCUCAUGUAUUACAUUUUGUUUCUGUUGAUGAAAUGGCAUUUGACUUAUUUUUACCUCCUAUAUUUUUUACUCUUCAAUAUGAUACCUCUGGAAAUGUAUUUACAAAAUAUUUUGUACCUUGUGCAUGUUGAAAAUAAAAUGCAUCAUAAUAACUUUUUUGUUCACAUAAGCAAAAAUAUCAUAUAAUGAUUUUGUUUGUUAUGUUAGAUUUUAAUGAAGACUCAACAUGUUGUGUUGACUUAACAUAUCUAGGGUACCAGGUCGCUGGAUAGGCUUGAUCUGUUGGUGAAUGAGCUGCAUUAUAUCUUUUAAUGAAAGCCUGUUUUCUCAGUCCAUGACAGUGUAUGUGAGCUAGUAUGAAAAAAAAUAUGUCUUCUACCUUACAAAAUUAUUAGAGUCGAAAUUGUUUUAAGUAAUAACAUAUAUACUAUUAUUAGAAUAAUGUUGCUGUUAUUAUUUUAUUUGCCAACAAUCAUUUAUUCGUCUAUGAAAGAUUUACUAGAAAUCAAAUAAAUGUUUUGUUAUCUUGCUUAAUUUUUUUUUUUUAAAUUGAUUCAAAAGCUGUGUCCACACUGCAGAUCUGUUGAAGCCACAAAUCUAAGUGGUGAAUUCAUGUUGAGAAUUCACUGACACAUUUAACCUACAUAAGUGUUUACAAUGAGCAGGCACAACUAUGGCAGCUAAUGCAGAACUUUUGUUUAUACUUAUCAAUUUUAAACAGUCAGCAACCCUACGGCUAAAAGUGGUUCUUUAAAUAAAUUUAAUAAAAUUCUUUUUAAUAUGAUAUUACAAAUAAUCACCCAAGCUAUGGAAAAUUAAAACGAACAUUUUUUAAACAAAAUAUUGAGCUAAUUCCAUUUUUUAUAAAAAUAUUAUGUGAUUGUUUCUGUACAUUGCCACCCAACAAUAUAGUGUAACUCAACAAACUCAUAAAAAUAAAACUUGUUGGCCCCGUCUUUUUUUGUUGCAGCACAAGGUCACAGAAAGUUGAGAAUCCAAGUAACAAAUCUGCAGUGGGAACUUAUCUUACAUAUUGAAUGUUGUAAGAUU